AUGCCUUCUCGCGACAAAGGAGGUGAUCCCUCGUCGAAACUCUCGACCCGCACCGCGCAGCUGGAGAUCGCACCGCGAAACACCGAUGUCGCACAACGAAAUGUUUCCCCUCCGGCAAAGCGCAAUGCAUCUCAGAUCAGUGCAGCGGAUAUGAGCACGAAACAAGAAAACAAGCCGCCCCACCCCAGCUCCGGAAAAAGAGUUCGGGCACCACCGCAAACGAGGAAAAGUCAGCCGCGCUCGCAGAAUCGGAAACAGGUAGAGCCGGAUCCAGCCUUCAUCAGGAACCUGGGGUCUCCCCGGGACGACGACGGAAACCGCACGAAGCGUCUGUUCAACCCGGACCGAGACGAUGCUAGGACCUUCAAGCCCCACCAGCCAGCGCCGCCGAGCGCAGAUCCAGUGCCUACUGAAGAUGCACGGCGGAGAAAGGUGGCAAGAAACCAUCGCCCAUCUGCCGGUAUCCUCCAGAAGGAUAUACCACAACUGCAACAACAGUCACCACACCCCCCCACACCAGUCGCGAUCGUGCAACGUAAUCCUGCCCCCGUGCCGAGACCCGUGAAACAAGAGCCGGAUCAUCAACCGCCCUCUCUUCCUCACGUGAUUGCCCUGCCAAAUGAGAGCGAGGAACGCCUCAGGAUGGUACGGCAGCCAGUGACCCGGCCGAUCAGCCCCGAGCAACUCAUUGCCGAAGUUAAAGGGAUCUAUGCCGGCUUGAUAAUGGUCGAAGCCAAGUGUUGUGAAGUCGAUGCGAAGCAACACCAAGCCGCUUUAGAAAUGGACAGUAACAUGCCCUCGUUGAACAACGAGCAAUGGCAAGCCCUUAUAGCAUUACACAGAACACUUUUGCACGAACAUCACGAUUUCUUUCUGGCCUCGCAACACCCGUCCGCGAGUCCUUCUUUGAAGCGACUCGCGCAGAAGUACGCGAUGCCGGCCAGGAUGUGGAGACAUGGUAUCCACAGCUUUCUAGAGCUACUACGCCACCGCUUGCCUCAUUCUCUCGAGCACAUGUUGACUUUCAUAUAUCUAGCUUACUCGAUGAUGGCCCUAUUAUACGAGACAGUGCCCGCUUUCGAGGAUACCUGGAUUGAGUGUCUUGGGGAUCUUGGAAGAUACCGAAUGGCUAUCGAGGAUGAUGAUGUCCGUGACAGGGAAGUCUGGCAGAACGUUGCGCGGUUUUGGUACAGUAAGGCAGCAGACAAGACGCCAGCUGUCGGUAGACUCUACCAUCAUCUCGCAAUCUUGGCGAGGCCCAAUAUCUUGCAACAACUCUUUUACUAUUGCAAGAGUUUGGGUGUUAGCCAGCCCUUCAGCUCCGCCCGGGAAUCGAUCCUGACAGUCUUCGAUCCUAUCUUUAACCCGGACGUGUUUAGCAGCAGAAGCCAGCCAGUUGACGCCUCAUUCAUUCAACUUCACUCCAUCACGUUCUCCCAUAUUGAGUUCGAAAAGUUUGACUUUGCGCUUGAUGCAUUCCUAGAUCUCCUUGAUAAACACAUCAGCCGACCUCAGUCCAAAUGGAAGGUGCAAGGGUUUUACAUGGCUGUCUGCAACAUUACCUCUCUGUACCAGUACGGCGCACGUGAUAGUUUGCUUCGGAAAGCUUGGAAGGAAAGCCGGAAGACCCAUCCCUCUGCCGAGGCGGGCGCCGUUGGAGACGAAGAAAUGGAAGAGGCACCGCCCACCGAUGUCGAAGCGGAAGCCGCAAUCGCCACCCUACUUCCCCCGUACGGGACUAACCCAGAGCAUGUGGACCCUAUAAAUGCGACGGAUGACAAAGAAAUGGACCCAGAAAGCGCCGGUCUCGCCCAGUCCAUCCAGGAGAUAUCGCUCAAUGUAUCGAAGCGCCUGGCGUUUACCGUGCUCGGCCUUGCGCUCGAUCGCAUCAAUGAUGCCAACACAUUGCCCCAUACUCACGCAUGGAUGGUCUUCGUCGAGCACCUCACCAACUCGGUUGCGGCCAUGCGUCUGAUAGAGAUGGAGUUUCCCUGGAAGUCUUUGGUUGACAUGCUCAAUGACAUGCGUCUCGCGUACGAUGGUGCGGCGGAGAAGAUCGAGGGCAAGACAUUCCCGGUCCCCGAUAAGGGCGUGGGCAGGCCACUCCCCGAAGACUACAAUCUACGUGGGUUUGACUGGGCCAAGAGAUAUUUCCCGGCUCGCUGGUUCGAGGACGCGCAGAUUGAUAACGAGGAACGUACGCAAGAGCUGCCGUCGAUGACCAACAUCCGGCGCGAGCGCAUUCUGUGGCUUGCUUUGAGAAUCUGCGCGACAGAUGACUGGAUAGUAUACGAUGAGGGAAUGAAGACCUUCGCUCUGCAUACUGCAUUGCUGCAACGUAUGGAAGAGGCGAGCAAGCGGGCAGCUGCGGCAGCUGCGAGGCGAGAGAGGCGUGGGCGGGCGUUGGCCGAUGAUGACGAUGUUGACAUGACGACCACUGGAUACAGCAACUCCGACGAAGAGGAUUAUGUCAUGGUGCCACCUGCGCUGCUGGAACUCAAGAAGAAGAGGCGCCAGCUCCAAGCUCAACUUCAAGCCGGGCCACUUGGCCAUGUCAUCACGCCAGAGGCCAUCGCCGAGGUUUCUCGAUCCGCUAUCGUCAAAGGCCCGGAGGCGCUGGACGCGCAAAUUACUGCCUUUGUCGUGGACACCAACUUGUUGGUGAGCCAUCUGGAGACAUUCAACUUGGUCACGAGGGAAGGAUGGACAGUCAUCAUUCCGAAUUCUGUGAUUACCGAACUCUCGGGCCUUGCAAACAACUCUUCCGUCGGGGAUUCGGCCAAGAGCGCCAUGAUAGCCAUCAACAAGGCAAUUGCUGAUAAAGCUAACAUCCGGAUCAUCACCGCGAAGGGGAACGACGUCACAAAGGCCGGAUUCUUCAAGGAGAAGGUGGAGCGGGACGAAAAUGAAAUCCGCAACACUGACGACAUUAUCAUCCGUACUACCCGCCACCAAGCGGAGUCGCGUCGUUACGCGUUUGCGUCCAAGGGCGUUAUCGGAUAUGCCGCUCAGCCUGCCAUUCUUCUGACCGAGGACACCAAUAUGCGCGUUAAGGCUAACGCGCGUGGAGUCCCGGCCAUGUCGACUACGAUCCUCAAAAAGUUCUUGGUGCAGUUGAGACCCAAAAGGCCGUCUCCUCGAAGACCUGAGAAGAAGUCGGCCGCCCCGGUUGUUAAAAUCAAGUCUGAAUACGAUGAUGAGGAUGAUUUGCCUAUGCCGGAUAUGCCGGAAAUAAAGGACUCGAAGCCCAUGAGAAACAAUCCUGCGGUUGUCGAGCCACGGUGGAAAACGGAAACCCCAAGUUACUCCCCUACUCGGUAG